AAAACCCCGUCGAGCCGCUUCCUCCUCCUCCUCCAUGAGAUUACAGCGAGCAGCAGCAGGCUGAUGUAAAGUUGCACCUCCGCAGCGGAGCAGACACCACCGGCAGUCUUUUCUUCUGGGGUUUCAAUACAACACGGCUGUUUUGUUGGACUGGCGCAACACUUGGAUUGACAUGGCGACGGAGAUAGCUAAAGGUGUGGAACAAGUCUCAGUGGGUGAGCUGUAUGUGUCGGACAAAUGUGGCAGCGACCAGGAUGGGGACGGCACGGAGCAAAAACCUUUCAAAACUCCCCUCAAGGCUCUGAUGUUUACUGGCAAGGAGCCAUUCCCAACAAUCUAUGUAGAAUCACAGAAGGAGGGCGAGCGGUGGGCAGUGAUCUCUAAGACACAGAUGAAGAACGCGAAGAAGGCCUUCAACCGUGAGCAGAUGAAGAAUGAUGCCAAAGACAAGAAGGAGGCAGAGGACAAUGAGAGGAGAGAGAAGAACCUCGAAGAAGCCAAGAAGAUUGUCAUUGAGCAGGAUCCCAGCCUACCUGAGCCUGAAACGGUGAAAAUCCAUCAGCUGGAGGCCAAGAGAGGUCAGAGAGUGAAAGUAUUUGGAUGGGUUCAUCGCCUCAGGAGACAGGGGAAGAACCUGAUGUUCAUUGUGCUGAGAGAUGGAACUGGUUUCCUCCAGAGUGUCCUGUCUGAUAAACUGUGCCAAUGCUACAAUGGUUUGGUGUUGUCCACAGAGAGCACUGUGGCUCUGUAUGGAACAGUCACUCCAGUUCCUGAGGGAAAACAGGCGCCUGGAGGCCACGAGCUGCACUGUGACUUCUGGGAGCUGAUUGGCUUGGCUCCGGCGGGCGGGGCCGACAACCUGCUGAACGAAGAGUCAGAUGUGGACGUCCAGCUGAACAACCGACACAUGCUGAUCCGAGGAGAGAACGUCUCCAAGAUCCUCAGGGUCCGAUCCACAGUCACUCAGUGUUUCAGGGACCACUUCUUCAGCCGCGGAUACUAUGAGAUCACACCUCCGACCCUGGUGCAGACUCAGGUGGAGGGCGGCUCCACACUGUUUAACCUCAACUACUUUGGCGAGCAGGCGUACUUGACGCAGUCCUCCCAGCUCUACCUGGAGACCUGCAUACCUGCCCUGGGUGACACCUUCUGUAUUGCCCAGUCAUACCGAGCCGAGCAGUCCCGCACCCGCAGACACCUGUCUGAGUACACUCACAUUGAGGCCGAGUGUCCCUUCAUGACCUUUGAGGAUCUGCUGAACAGACUGGAAGACCUGGUGUGUGACGUGGUGGACCGAGUGCUCAAAUCCCCUGCUGCUGAGCUGCUCUACGACAUCAACCCUAACUUCAAACCCCCCAAGAGACCGUUCAAGAGGAUGAACUACACUGAAGCCAUUGAGUGGCUCAAAGAACACGACAUCAAGAAGGAUGAUGGCACUUACUACGAGUUUGGAGAGGACAUCCCAGAGGCUCCAGAAAGGUUGAUGACAGACUCCAUCAACGAGACCAUUCUGCUCUGUCGUUUCCCUGCUGAGAUCAAGUCUUUCUACAUGCAGCGCUGUGACGAUGACAAACGCCUCACUGAGUCGGUCGACGUGUUGAUGCCAAACGUUGGUGAGAUCGUCGGAGGCUCCAUGCGUAUCUGGGACUCUGAAGAGCUGCUGGAAGGAUACAAGAGGGAGGGAAUCGACCCAACCCCCUACUACUGGUACACUGACCAGAGGAAAUAUGGCACAUGUCCUCAUGGUGGUUAUGGUCUGGGUCUGGAGCGUUUCCUCACCUGGCUGCUGAACCGACAUCACAUCCGAGACGUCUGCCUGUACCCACGAUUCAUCCAGCGCUGCCGACCCUGAACGCUCUGACACACUGACCUGGCAUGUGGCAGCGCUCAAUUUGCCAUAAAAUGUGUUGCGACAAUAUUAAAUGAAAAUAAGUCUGUGUUCUGUCCCUUCAGCUUUUUUAUUUUCUGUAUCCCCCUCAAUUCUGAAGAGUUGAAAUCAUAGUAUACUGUACAAGCUCCCUUUUGUCCGCCUCACUGCCUUUUCCUGGUUUUUUCGAUUUGAAAACUGAACCUGAUCUUUCCUGCACCCGUUCAUGUUGCCUGAUUAUUUAACCAGUUAUAAACACUGUCCUGUGAUUGUCUGCAAGUUCUGGAAAAAAAUGUAAAACCUUCUUAAAUGUGGUCCUGAAUGCUGCUAAAUAACAACUUAGUAAAAUACAAAGGAACGUGGUUGCGGUGCUGAUCAUUUUAAAUCAUACAUUUUAAGUUAAUAUUCCUUUGGAAAAUUAGGAAAAGGAAUAAACUGUAACUUAAAACAUGAUAGUGCCCUGUCCACCAGCCAUACAAGUAUUCCUGGUAUGUAAGCAGCUUUAUUUAAGUAAUUGGAUACUUAUAAAAAUGUAAGGACCUUUCAAAAAACUUAGAAUCGUAGAUAACCUUCAGUAGAAAUUAAUAGAACUGAUGGCUAGGUUUUCUGCAUCACAGCUUAAUUGGAAUAUAUAACGAAAUAGUCACAUCCACUCUCAGAUUUACGUUAAUGAGGUUCAGGAACCAAAUAGUUUGUCAAAACUAAAACUUUGAAUACCUAACUUUGAAUACCUAAUGUGCAUUCCCAUUUUUCUCUCAUGUGGAACAGAAUUCUAUCAAAUGAGUAUGAGUCUUCAUACAGUGAGCCUGUAUAGAAUGUCUUGUGGCCAAAAACUACAACCAUCAGACACUCAGUAGGUUAGAGUCACAGGAAUAAAAGCACGAGUCGCGUGGAACAAAUGUGGACAAAUCGGUGUGUCCUUCCUGCUCAGGAUGUCAGAAAACUAUGGAAAUGCAUUCAUCGAAGACAAAUACAUGGACUUUUUCCUUAUUGUUAUGGCACCUUUCUCAAAAGUAGAAGAUCUGUUCUCAUAAUGAUAUGAUGAAGUCUGUUUUCUCUCUUCUCACAUGAAUGCAGUGUUUCUGUAUAAAACCUAUCUAAUGUGCAAACAUCAGUGAUGGUGACGGAACGUUCGUGUCUGAUGACCAGAGAAUGAAUUCUCUGUCAAUCAGUAUGUGGACGCUUGUGAUGUCAUUUAGUUUAGUAUUGAUGUUAAGAUCCCAAUCAUGAUAAAUACAGCGCUGCCACACAGACGCACAAACGCACACACACCAAACUGGAGGCCCACCGUCCUCAUCGUCUCUUGGUGGUAUGGUGUUGGUUAUACUGUCAGCGGUUGGUUAAAACUCCAGUCACAGUGACAUCACCGCUUCCAUGUACUUCUCAUGUGUUUGAGAACAUUUCACUCCUAACCUGAAAGAACAAAGCUGGGACUGGAAGUGGAAGGUUGAAAUUGAAACCUGGACAGCAGCUUGUCCGUCAAAUGAUUGUGAUUGGUGGUUUAGACAUGCCACCGGCUCUCAUCAUGUUUGUCUGCUCUGCCUCUUGUGAAAUAUGACAACAAUACUCAGUAACUGCACUUGAAUAAAAUGGUAUUCAAACA